AUGGGGAUAGUUGAUGAUUGUUUGCAGUUUUUGAUUGAGGGUUCUAAUCUGACAACAGCUCAAAUCCACGAACUCUUGACAAAAAUUAAUACAAAUGUGAAUAAUGAGGGCAUUUCCACCAGAUUGAUAAACCCAUUGAUUGACUUUUUGUGCGAUACAUCAUUCAUUUCGGUGUCUACAAAAAUCUAUUUUAUUCGGGAAGCUUUGCUACCCAAUGACAGAAUCCCCAGAGAUACUGUCCACAGAAUAAUUGGACGAUUAGGGAUACGGUCAUUAUCCACACCAUUCAGAAAAGAAACACCUAGAGCCAUUCAAUCUGAGCUCUGUAGGUGGCUUGUUCAUGUCUACAUAUAUAUGGAGGAUGUUGCAGUCUAUGAAGAAACGUUCUCUAUUUGGUUCCAGCUAUGGCAGUUAGAUUUCCUUCAAAAGUGGAUUACUUAUCUAUUAUUUUGGUCAGCCACUACUUCUCUUGUUAAACCUUGGCGAAUUAAAUUUCUGGCUCUCGUUGGUAACAAAGGAGGAUACUCCAAUGCGAAAACUUCAGCAGCACUACUCCUAGAGAGAUUCAGCACUUUGGUCCCGAACCGAGCUAUUUCCGCUGAAAUUUUAGGACUGAAAUGCAACGUUAGACGGCUAAGCACUCUGAGAAGAGGGGCGUGGGACGAAGCUUUUUUGGCUAACUGGUCUUGUGUUUUGGAUAUCUUAAACCGCCUGCAACGUUCUGCGUUUUACGAUCUUAUCGAAGAGCUGAAAAGUCUAUUAAGUUUUGGAGAACCAAAAAAAGAGGGCUCUACUAUGACAACGAGAAGAAACAAUGCUGUAUCGCUCAAUGACGUAGACACGUUAGAAAAGUUAGCUCAGAGUUUUGAACUCAUAUCGAUACCAAAAGACAUCGAAGCCGUUGUAACGAGUCGCAAUCGUUGCUCUUUUGUUUUUCUUGCAACUGUCGACGCUGGUAUUGAGUUUUGGAAGCGUGUCUCACAAUGGUGUGUGCUUCAACAAGGGUUGUACACGCUAGGCGGUGAAUUUCCCUUUAUCGACAAAUUAACUAUGGGUGGACUACUAUCAGCAUACACGCUAAAUCGCGAUAAGGACUCCCAGUCAUUCUGUUCUGUCAAAGAGCCACCUACUGAGAUUGAAAUCAUCUGCAAUUUAGCAAGCCCUGUACUGAGUGACAUAACCUGUAAACGGAUAACUUUUGCUAGAAACAAGGUCCGUGAUCUCGGAAACUGUCGCUUUUACAGUAUGUGCAGGUCCGUACUUGCAAAGUUGUACAUUUUGUCCAAAGGCGCCCCAGGCAUAAUGGAAUCACCACUAUUAUUUGAGGCUCUAAACCAUAUUAAAUCGUUCAUAACUGAAGAUAUGCGAGAGAGGCCUUCAGAUAGACAUGUCACGGCAACUUUGAGACUUGUGGUAAGAAUAUUGUCCAAUUUUAGCUCAGUUAAACUUCGUGAGGAUUUUGCUGCAUCUGUUUUACUUUCAAAAGAAACGGUGAACAUAUCUAUUCUUUCUACUGAUCCACUGGCAAUAGGCGUUAUGUCAGAGUACCUUAUACUUUCAAAGAACAUCAUUCAAGCUUGUAGCAAAAAUCAGGAAGUCAUUGAACUCCACAAUGCACACGUUCUUGAUCUAACUAACUACAUGUGGAGGAACAAAGUGGCUGGUGGGGGGACCAUUUUCGAAAUUCCUCUGGUUUUUGUUCGCCGUAUGAUGCAAAACCUUACAUUUGGAGAUUCCGGUCCGGAGUCCAAAUCAUGGUUUACUGUCGUUAACAUUCCGGCCCUCUCUUUUUCCUCUCGAUGUGCUGUAAAUAAACUGGAAAAUGCUCUUUCAAGCAAAUCGCACUUUUCAAAUGUCCUGACAGAAAAAUCCUUCAACGAUUUCAAAAGAAAAGUGGGUGAUAUAUCUUGGCUUGACACUAUCUCGUCCUUCUACGAAUUGAAAGUUGCGAUUCUAGGUAUGAUGAGGCAUCAAGAAAUGUACAAAAACAAUUCCAGAUUUCUGUAUGCCUAUCUCAGAAGUCUGGCAGAUUUUGAGAAGUCAUGA